GCCCUCCUCGUCGUCGUCGUCUCUGUCAGCCAUGAACGGAGCGGCGAACCCGCUGCUGGACAAGGAGCAGCACCCGCUGCAGCUCGGGGAGAGCUUCGAGAGGCACCCCAAGGCCUCCUUCCACACCAUCCGCUAUGAUUUUAAACCAGCAUCAAUAGACACAUCUUGUGAGGGGGAGCUUCAAGUCGGUAAAGGAGAUGAAGUUACAAUUACAUUGCCACAUAUCCCAGGUUCUACUCCUCCAAUGACUGUGUUCAAAGGAAAUAAAAGGCCAUACCAAAAGGACUGUGUGCUUAUUAUCAAUCAUGAUACUGGGGAAUAUGUGCUUGAAAAGCUAAGCAGCAGCAUUCAAGUCAAGAAGACAAGAGCUGAAGGCAGCAGUAAAAUCCAAGCACGAAUAGAGCAACAAUCUGCCCGAGCUUCACAACCUUCCACUCAGUUCAGGGCUCCCACAAAGCCAGCAGCUGGUCCCAAAACCUCCCCAUUGAAAGACAAUCCUUCACCGGAGCCUCAGCUGGAUGACAUUAAGCGAGAGCUAAGAGCUGAGGUCGAAAUUAUUGAGCAGAUGAGUAGCAGUAGUGGCAGUUCCUCAGAUUCGGAAAGCUCCUCUGGGAGUGAUGAUGAAAGCUCUACCAGUGGUGGAGAUGAGGCUGCACACCCUUCCCCUUCUCAGCAGUGCCACAACAGGAACUCUGUUGCUAACGGUACUGCUACCGGCCGGCCACAAGGAAGCAAUCAGCUCAUGAACACCCUUAGAAAUGACUUGCAGUUGAGUGAAUCUGGGAGCGACAGCGAUGAUUAAAAUGAGGUUUCUCCUUUCCUGCUGCAAAGAUGCAGAUUUACCAAGCAGUAAGAAUGACACUUAAGUGGAAGCCGGUUUGGGACACAGCUGUACAAACAUGUGACUUGGGGAUGGUCCAAAGACAACAAAUGAUCCUGAAGCAAGGCUUAUUUUGUGUUAAUUCUGUCUGUAAAUUGUGUAUGUUGUGUAUAUUCUGAAGUUUUUAAACAGAUGUGAAUAUACUAUCUGAUACAGUGAUCUAUGUUCCUUACAUGCUAAUACUACAUAAAGCUUAAAUAAUAAUUGUGGUGUAAUCUAAUAGGACUCUUGCUUUUAGGAAUGGUUUGGUGCCCUGGCAGUUUUUAAAGCAAAAGUUGUCUGUGGCCUAAAUGUAUGCCAGGUUUACCAUUUUGAAAACCAAAUAAGAAAUGGAGUGCAGAUUUUUGAAAGGAGGGCAUCAGACUAAGAUAUAACAUUACAUUUGGGUUUCUUGAGAUUAAGGCAGAUACAUGGAUUGUCUUUGGUGAGUAAGAACUGCAUCCAAGCAAGGAACCAUAGUAAACUGGAAGAGUCAGCUUUUCUUUUUGCCUUCUGGGUUUUUGAUGUGCCCCUAAGUGGCUGACAGAGGUAUGUGUAGGGGGGGCACACUGUUAGAUCUUCUCAUAGACCUUUAUGAAUGUACAGAACUUAGAAGACUAAUACAAAACUUUACUGUUGGCGAGACCUCAUACAGUGAAGAAUGUUUUCUUUUAAAUGAUAGUUUAACUGAAAAGUGUAAAAAAAACCCUCCCUUUAUUACUUCUGUGUAAAAAAAUCUGUAUGCUGCCAAGUAUGAAUGUUCAUGUUUGCUUCCUCUAUGCAUGGUGCACCCCAUAUUCAUUGGGACAUCAUAUUUGCCCGAGCUCAUGAUGAAACAGAUAUGUGCACAUGAUAGUAAAUACGUGGAGGACCCAAAUUUCAACAGAUAGAAGUAAUAUCUUUCUUGGAAAUGUAUCUUGUUUUCUUAACAUUUGGUGAAGAUGGCAUGAGAAUGUUGAGGCUUAUAUCUUCUCAAACUGAGAAACAACUGUUUCCCUAUAUGGAGUCCCAGUAAUCAAUUUUUACCUGUCAAGUUUAUCAGUAGAGGACACAACUCUUAAUGGGUUAUUUUGGUAUAUCUUGCAGCAUGCAUAUAGCAUGCAGGAAUAUUACCUUGACAACAGUAUAGUAGUUGAAAUAAAAAGCAGAAAGUGAAUGUGGAAACCUCAAACCAGCCAAAAGCUCAUUUAGCAAAAGGAGAGAAGAUUGGUAAAUAUCUAUAUCUAUAUAUAUAUAUAUAUAUAUAUAUAUGAGAAAAAUCAAUAUUCACCUGGUACCUAAAACUAUGAACCUAUUGACUAACUGGCAUUUGUGCUGCUUCAGAGGUCAAAAAACAGAUUUUGUUUCCUGUCUGGUUUUUCAAAAAUGUUUCCCCUCAACCCAGGUGUUUAAUAACUCUGACAAUUUUUGAUGUUUUAUAGAACAGGUUUUCCAUACCAUUAUCUGUAUGUAUUAUAUGUGUUUUAAAGGCCUCUCUGUGUUAAAUGUAAUCUAGCAUUUUAUUUUGUUUUUAAUUUUGACAGGCAGAUAUGUAUACAUUUUGUGUUCUUGAGAGAGACUAGAAACUCUUAACACGUUAUAAAACUAAUUUUCUAGAUUAAUCUGAUUUAUAUUGCUACAAUUAUGUACAAUUUUACAUGUGGUUAAUGGACAAAAAUCUUUAGAGUUGUGUAUAAGAUAAUGUUUUCCAAGAUGUGUACCUAAAUGAGAUUGACUGAUCAGAGAGCUUGUAAAUAAAUAUUUUAAAAAUUGAUAGGCAUUCUAGCAGUCCCAUGAAACCUCAGCUGUAUACGGUCAAGGAUCUUCUCCCAUCUCAUUACAUAUGUACGGCAUAUGUAUUCAAGGAUUUAAAUUGAUUAGUCCUGUUUAACAGGCUGCCUGUAGAACAUGUGGCCUAAUAACUUUGCUUUAAUUAUCCCUUAGUCUAUCAGACAGGGAAAACAGAAAUUAUUUCUACUUUUAAUUAAAUAAAGGUGCCUUAGCUGUAUAUGAAUUUAAA